AUGACCUUCAAAUACUUAAUCACAGGCGCAACAGGCGGUCUCGGUGGCGGCGUCCUCCAACAGAUCGCGAAGCAUGCGCCCAAAUCAGACUAUGCAGCCAGCUCAUCUCGCCCAGAGGUUGCAGAGCAGUUCGAGAGAUCAGGCAUCCAGUUCCGCCACGCCAACUACCAGGACCGGGCUUCGCUGGAAAAGGGGUUUGCUGGAGUUGAGAAGCUGCUGUUUGUGUCUGCAAACACCUAUGACAAUGAGGCGAGGAACCAGCAACACAGGAACGUGAUUGAAGCGGCUAAGUCCGCCGGCGUUGGUCAUGUAUUCUACACAUCGCUCGCUUGGGGAGGCCAUUCUUCCGACUCGAAAAUCGACGUGCAACAAGCGCAUUACGUCUGCGAAGCAAUGCUGAAAGAAUCUGGGAUCGCAUACACGUCUGUUCGAGAGGGCAUAUAUGCUGAAGCUUUCCCCCUUUUCUUGAAUUACUAUCCUUCAUCCCAGAUCCUGCGUCUGCCAGCCGAUGGUGCCGUUGCUUAUGCAUCCCGCGCUGAACUUGCAGAAGCUACCGCAAAUCUGAUGAUGAGAGGUGGCCACAAAAAAGAGAUAGUCUUGCUGACAGGGGCGAAAGCCGUCACUUUGGCAGAUUUGGUGGAGAUAAUCAACGAUGUCACCGGCAGAGGGAUUGCUGUCGAAAAAGUGCCGUUUGACAAGUAUACAAGGGAAAGCGCGGAAAAUGACGAAGGUGGCAAGUCGGAAUGGUGGUUCGAGAAGAGAGUAUCGUGGUAUGACGGGGUUGCAAAGGGCGACGGAAAGGCAGUGGACCCUUUGAUGGAGCACCUGCUGGGUAGAAAGCCCAAGGAUGGCACAGAAGUCGUGAGAGGGAUCCUCGCUGCUGACCCAAUUUACACGUGGCAUCAGAAUUAUGCGAAGAAAUAG